UGUAUGGACCUAACAACCAACUUCCUUCUCUGACAUCCAGCCGUAGUUUUGUUUUCCACUAGGCAAGUUAUUGUUGAACAUCCAGUCUAAGAUUAUUGCUGCUGAAUAUAGCAUUGAAGGACACAGUCGGUAAACAGUUUUACCAAUAGGAAAGGUACGGACAGGGGAGAUGCUGUGUUCCCAGCUACAGGUGUUACUGGUGGCUCUGUCUGCCUCAGUGUUGCUGGCGAGGGUCAGCGCCGCUCCACACAGAGACAUGCUAACUGAACUACUGAGAGCAGACACAACCAAGGGCAACGAGGAUCUCUCCCGCACCCUCCUGCUGAAGAUAAUGUCGGACCUGAUGAACACAGCUGCGGGGGAGAACGAGGUACUACCGGACCUGGAGGAGGCACUCGGAGUGAAGGAGGAGGUGGUGCGCCAGCUACCCCUCUCCCAACGGGAACGCAAGGCAGGAUGCCGGAACUUCUUUUGGAAGACAUUCACAUCGUGUUAGCGCGCCAAGCAGCCUCUCUUCUUUGCAUUGGAUCAUUUGAAGACUUAUUUCUUGCAAUGUCACAAAUGUAAAUGACAGCUACUUAUUUUUUUUGCACUGUUCAUUAUCAAUUAAAAGGCCUAGAAUGUCGUUGGCACAUACCUGAUAUGUAUUUUUCAUUGGUUGUCAUGUGUAAUAGAUGGGUUGGUUGUUUAGGAACAAAAGCGUUGGGUGCGCAACUAUGGGGCAA